AGAAUUUUCAGACUGGUAUCAGACCUGACAGUGAACUGCUUACUGCUUACAGCUUACCUUUUACCAAAUUGCCUGACAGCUCAUUUGAAAUAUUAGAAAAGGUGGCAUGAGCUGAUGAGCAGUGUCUUAUCAGUCUCGGAAAUUUUGUCAUUGUAUGGGACUUCCGAUUACUGACAAAUCCAGAUGAAUUACUAAUGUAAUUCGUGUUCCUCGAGCUGAAGCUGCAUAUUUUUAUAACGCGGUGGCCGAGCUUCUUCAAGUCGUCUGUUUCUGGAAGUUUGUGCUGUGAACGAAAGCGAAAUGGCCAGCAGUCAGAAUCCGUUCGGGGAUCCGGAGUCUGUGAAUCCUUUCGGGGAAGUUCUCCCUCGUUCUCCCAUGCCAGCAGACAGUUUUACUCCUACGUUUCUGCCACCUCCGACUGUAAAUGCACCUGCCAGAUCACCGCAGCCACCGAACCAGCCAUCCAGUCGUCUGGCUUUUUACGAAGACAGUUCAGUCAGCAAGCAGCCAGCUUAUGGGACAAUGACGUCCCAGCCGGGCGGAUCGCCGCCUGCCUACAUGGACACUGCUCGCGCAUCGACAGAUGAACUCCGACGAAGGCAGGAGGAGUUGGAGAGAAGGGCUGCUGAACUCGAUCGCCGAGAAGCUGAACUGAGAAAUUCUCCCCAGGAUGGUGUGAAAAGAAAUAAUUUCCCUCCUCUUCCCAAAUUUUGCUGCUUCCGUCCCUGCUUUUAUCAGGAUUUUGAACUGGACAUACCGAUGGGAUAUCGCACAAUUGUCAGACUCGUAUUUUACUGUUGGAUGGUUUACUCCCUCAUGAUUUUGAUAAAUCUGGUUGCCAGCAUUGCGUAUCUCUGUCUGGAAGGCAAUACAGCUGCAACGACAUUUGGAUUAUCCAUCCUUUGGGUUGUGCUGUUUCCCGUCAUUUCUUUUCUGUUUUGGUACAGACCCGCAUACAAAGCCUUCAGAAGCGACAGCUCUUUGAACUUUUUUGUAUUCUUCUGCGUAUUCGCCACUCAGAUCUGCGUGAACAUUGUUCAGGCCUUGGGGAUUAAUCCAUGUGGAACUUGUGGUAUUAUCAAUGGUUUGAGUAUGAUCACUAAGGGAGGAGCUUCCAACGUCGGAGUAGGAGCGUUCAUGCUUUGUGUUGGUAUCGUCUUCGGUAUAUUAGCUGGCUGCUCGUUUUUGCUUUUUGUGCGGAUUCACCGUAUCUACCGCACAACUGGAGCGAGUUUCAGCAAGGCCCAGCAAGAAUUUGCAUCUAGAGCCGUCCAAAAUGAGCAUGUUCAAAAUGCUGCCAUCGGUGUGGCUCGUGCUUCCGUCGAGGAAGCUGCUCGCUCUGGACGGUUUUGAUAACGUAGCAUCGCUCCCGCGACCCACAAUCUGAAAAAGUUCUGAAAGUUUUCGCUUUUUUAUGACGGUGAUUUUAAUGAGCUGGCUUUUUAAUAUACGAGUAUUGCAAAUGUCGAUCUAAGGCAGAUUGUCGGUUUUCCAUGUCCUCGUAAUCAUGAUAUUAAUGACCGUUUUAUUUUUUUAUAGAUGCUUCAGCAGGUUCCGCAACAGUUGUUUCGUUUUUUACUUUCUUUUCUAAUUUAGUGUGACACUUAUAAUGCGUGUAAGUGACUUUUGUCCCUUUGUUUACGUGCUGUUUGGAGACGUGGCAGCUUUCUCUUGCAAAAUUAAGAAUUCGCACGGAGCUG